UUUGAAAAGGCCAGCUAUUGGUCUAAUAAGAAGCACGAAGUGAAUGGUGUGCUCGUGAACGCCAACGGGGAUGUGAUUGAGCGGCUGUUUGGGAAGUGGAACGAGUCUCUGCACAGCGGCAGCGCUUCCGGUGCCAAAUGUAUUUGGAGACCCGGAGCUAUGCCUCAGGACUACGAACUCUACUACGGCUUCAGUCGGUUGGCCAUCGAAAUGAACGAAUUGACGCCAGAGUUGAGGAAAGUGUUGCCGCCGACGGACACCCGAUUCCGUCCCGACCAGAGACUGCUUGAAGAGGGAGACAUUCAGAGGGCGGAGAGCGUUAAACUGCAGUUAGAGCAGCAGCAGAGGGAGCGCCGCAAAGACAGGGAACAAAACGCACAAUCAGAUAGCAAUCCACUUUGGUUUAGAAAAGAGAUAACGAGUUCCGGAGAAGAGACCUAUAGAUAUGGUGACAAUUACUGGGAGACUAGAGAUAGCGGUUUCGAUGGCAUUGAUUUCGAGAAACUUUGGUAGUUAUUAGCCAAUCGUUAGAUUGUAUUUAUAGUCAAAAUACAACCAAAAAAUAUAACACAACAAUAAGAAGAAAUUCUAGUCGACGAGUGAAAAGGUCCUAAUUAUUAGGUCAUUAGACAAAACUGUACUUCAAUUAAGAUUAAUACUAAUAACUUAACAAAUAAUGAAUGAAUUAAUUUGUACGAAAUCCUUGUUCACGGCGUUGAUAUGUUAUUACAAGAAUCAAAUCAUCACUUAAAUCAUUGAAAAGGUGCUGAAAAACAACAAAAGCUAACAUUUCUAUUAUGUAUUUGUUUUUUAAAGAAUAGUCGAUCCCAACAGAGAAGCUAUGCAAACAAUAAACACGUCAAACAACACAAUGUAUUCAUUACAAUAAAUCGCAACCGAAUUGUGUACCGAUUCUGUAAUACAUUUACACAAUACACACACUCUGUUUGGCAUCGAUUCUGUUAUAAAUGCCGUUUUUAUUCGUUAACUUAUUAUGUUUUUAAAAUUUUAACAUUUAUUAACUUUAUUUUUAUUUCUUUUUUGUCCGUGUUUUUUGAGUUUAUGAACAAAUAAGUCUAUUAUUGAGUAUUUAAUUGAAUUGUAAUUAAAUUUUAGUCGUGAAAAGAGAAAUGAUUUAUUUUUUCAAAGAGAAAAAACACUCGAGUCUGUGAUGUGUGCCCUCCAAAGAGAAGUGAAGUUACCAUUAUUUUUGUGGUGACAUAUAAUGUGUGUUAAAGUUUGUCUGUUGUAUGUAAUUGAAGGGCACAUACAGUAUGAAUGAAACCCCAAAAUUUAAUAUUGUUUCCAAUCAAAUGGUUAGAAAUUUAAUUAUUGUUAACUUAAUACAAAAAAAACACAUUUGCUUUCAAAGUGAUAUUUUCCUUAUUUACUCGAUUGGCAUUAAACGUGACAUAAGUCUCACGAAAGCCUUAAAUGACAUUUAAAUGAUGACUAAAAAACUGAUUGUUAUUCU